AUGCAGCCCGCCACGGUGAGCGUAGAGAUAGUUGACCCUCAUCGCCAACGAGCACAGCACGAACAAGGCGAUGGAGGAAUGUGGUGCCCCCACGACCUCAUCCACAGUCGCGUGGUGGUGAGCAGCUCGACAAGCUUUUGUGUGGAAAAUGUCUUCGCAUCGCUCCUUGGCUUCGCGCGUGUCUGGGCUUUGACAGGUGAGCUCAAGCAUGAGUGGACCGCGUACAAGUUCCUGCAUCAAAGCCUGAAGAUUGUGACUCCCAAUCCCGCGACGGACGCAGAUGCGAAGCGCAAUGAAUACAUUGCCAACCUCAAUCUCACGAUUCCCUCGAAUGUAAUGAACCGCACUGGGCGGGGGCGUGAACAAUGUCUCAAGCUACCCCCAACUAUCUCGGUCGGCGAGGAGCUUCGAGGGUAUGGGAACGGGCUAUACGCGCAGCCCAGGAUCGACUACCGUCUUCACAUCAAAAUUGAUGCAGUGUUUGGGGAUGGCAGCAGUCGGAGACUCACGGGCGAGAAGGAGAUCGCUGUCAUGCCAUGCUCGGACGCACCACCGCCAGUGGAUAUCGGUGAUUUUGGCGACGACUUCAUCGCCUCGGCCAGCAACGCAUCUCGUACUUCAUUGCUAGGCGAGCAGUACAUGAUGACGCUUUCGAUAGCAGAGCCUCCCUCGAUGUCCAAAGCACGUGCCGGGGGAGCGUACUCGACCGUGCUGCGUCUUGCUGUCGACAUACACGCCGCUCGCCACAAGAGACCUACCAAAGACGCAAACAACAAACUGCUCGAUCGCCUGAAGCGGCUCAGCUUCACGCUUGAGCCAACGGUCCGAGCGAAGACAUUUUACUCUCUACAACCAUUUCCCAUGAUGCCAGCUCAAAACAUGGUGGACAAUCAAGGUCCAAUUCGACUCCAUGAUUCCAUCACCAAAGUCUCCAAGGUCGAGCUCUCGACGAGCUCGUGGCAUGCUAGGUUUUUCGACGACGUUCCAUGCUACGAGGACGCCGUAGGAUCUGGAUCGUUUGCCUCGGGAUUUUCCUGUAUGGAAUUCGACCGGGCGUCCGUCACACAGUAUGGCAGUCCACUGUCGACAACACUGUCUAACGGUCCCUCUGCGCUCGGCGCGUGGAAAACUUCAAUCGACAUCCCGGUGGAGCUCACAGGAUCUUUGCACCCUUCGUUCUGCAGCGCGGUCGCAUCAAGGCAGUAUAGCAUUGUAGUUCGAGUCAGAGUCAAUGGCCUGUCGGUCAAGGAUUUCAUCCUCGAGGUGCCCCUGCAGGUGCAUUACAAAAUGUGCGUCGCCGCAACGUAUGCGAUGAUGGAGGACGAGUCGUCACGCGAUAUGUCGGGAGAUGAUAUGGAUGACGAUCUUCCGGUCUACCAUUGA